AUGUAUUCCCUACCAAUUUUAUUCGCUGCUUCCAGCUUUCUCUUUAAUCCGGUAAUUUCCAUCGAUGUUGACUGGACACAAGAUUCAUCCAUUAAGUCCGCUGCCAGUACGAUCGCCUAUGGCUUGGUCAAAUAUUACACAGGAAACAACACGGGUGAUACCCCGGGGAACUUACCUGACCCCUAUUACUGGUGGGAAGCUGGCGCGAUGUUCGGGACCUUAAUAGAUUACUGGGCCUUCACAGGCGACGAGACUUAUAACGAUAUCACCUUACAGGCUAUGAUGCACCAAGUGGGAGACGACAAGGACUACAUGCCCAACAACCAGACAAAAUCCGAAGGAAACGAUGACCAGGGAUUUUGGGCGAUGGCCGCGAUGACCGCUGCUGAAACGAACUUCACCAACCCGAAUACCGACGAUUUAUCCUGGUUGGCAUUGGCGAAGGCCGUGUAUAAUGAAUACGUCAACCGAUGGGAGCCGGAUACUUGUGGUGGUGGUAUGCGCUGGCAAAUUUACACGUUCAACAACGGAUACAAUUAUAAGAACUCGGUCUCGAACGGAUGUUUCUUCAAUGUGGCUGCACGCCUAGCUCGGUAUACCGCCAAUGAGACAUACGGAGAUUGGGCGAACAAGAUCUUCGAGUGGGAGCAGUCUGUCAAUUUCAUCAAUUCGAACUACAGCGUACUAGACGGCGCCGGAAACGCGGGUAGUGAUAAUUGUUCGCAUGUCAACAGCGCCCAGUUCACAUACAACGCGGGUCUUUUCAUGUAUGGCGCUGCAGUUAUGUUUAAUCACACCGACGGCUCCGAUAUGUGGAAGGAACGCGUCGAUGGACUCGUCAAGUCCGCCGUGUCGGUGUUUUUCCAGAACGGCGUUAUGUGGGAACCGAGUUGUGAGAAGAGUCCUAGUGUCGACCAACAGUCCUUCAAAGGCCAUCUUGCGCGAUGGAUGUCGCUGACUGCGAUCCUUGCCCCCUUCACCCACGACACGAUCAUGCCGUUGCUCAAGACGACAGCUGAUGCAGCAGCCAAGCAAUGCUCCGGACCCUCAUCGGAUGAUUAUAAGGGCCCGUCCGGCACAGCGUGUGGAUAUAGUUGGCUGCAGGAGGGUACCUUUGAUGGCACUACGGGUGUAGGUGAGCAGAUGAACGCUCUGCAAGCCGUUAUCGCAACACUAGGCGACACCGCGCCAGCUCCUUACACUUCAGAGAACGGAGGUUCGUCCGAAGGUGACGCCGCCCCGAGUGCCAACGAUGCUAGCAAGAUUCCCCAGAUGAAGCCCAUCACUGCGGGCGACAGGGCCGGUGCCGGUAUCCUGACGACGCUUGUCCUUGGUGGUUUAGUGGGUGGUAUGUAUUUCGUAUGGGCUGAUGAGAAGUGA